CUCCGCAUGGACCCCAACUGCUCCUGCUCCCCUGGCGGCUCCUGCAGCUGCGCAGGCUCCUGCACGUGCAAAGCCUGCAGAUGCACCUCCUGCAAGAAGAGCUGCUGCUCCUGCUGCCCCGCGGGCUGUGCCAGGUGUGCCCAGGGCUGCAUCUGCAAAGGGGCCUCGGACAACUGCAGCUGCUGUGCCUGAAGUCUGGGGAGACCCUGCCCCAGAUGUAAAUAGAGCAACUUGGACAAACUUGUAUUUUGCUAUUUUUCACAUGA